UCCUCACACUGGCUUAGACACUUUAGUCUGAAUUCUGGAACUCUGAACUCUGGAAUUAAACAUCUUUCGUGUAUCUUGUCGCUAUGUUGGUGGCUACAAUCGGCAUGGUCCUGAUCCUUCAGGCCAACUUGAUCGCAAGUCAAGUGAAAGUUUAUACUAUUCAAGGUUAUCCUUUAGUUCUGUCGGAUGGAAAUCUUAUAGGUCAGCAAUCUGGAUUCUUUCCUUGGCAGCGUGACGUUUUUAAGUUUAACAAUUUUUCGGCAAUCGAAAGUAACGAGGGCAUCCAAACCAUUAAUUGGACGGGAAACAGCAGUUUCUCCGUAUCCUCCAACCAGAACUUUUUCGGAUGGCGAAGCAUUCUGCGCAACCUCUUUCGAUUACCACCACGGCAGCCGACUCCCCAGUACACUACCAUUGUAGGCAGAGCCUUCAGCGAUUCUAUCCAGGAGCCAAGUUACUAUGGACAAUAUUCGCCGGUUGUGGAUCCAGUCCUGAUGCCAAAAGCAAAUCGUAAAGUAGUGCGAAGAAAGGUGCCACGUCGCGUCUUCGUGAGAAAUCUAAAGUCUAACCAGGCUCUACUGACCCAUUUUAAAACUGUUAAGGUUCCCAUCUAUGAAGAUGAUUGGCAGUACGCUACUCGAUAUCCUGAACAGCCUGGAACUAAUUACUAAGGAUUGUUUACUGAUUACUUUAUACGAGAAAUAAAUAAAUAUAUUUUCCUUGAAAA